ACUUUACGAACUUCAGUGCAUUCGGUCCAAUACACACUUUCACGCGGUUUCAGCCGUAACCCAUUCAUCAGUAGCAGUUGUUCCGCGCAGUCCUCGUAUUUAACAAACAACCUGUAGCUUCUGCUAUUGUUCGGAAUGAAUAUUAAUCAUUGAUGGUCGCAAAACAAAAUAGAUAUUAAAAUGAGUUCCCUAAAGUGCUGUCAGUCAAACAAUUCUUCUUCUUCAGUGGCUGGAGAAGCGAGUGAGGGUGCCUAUGAGUUCGCGAUUCAAGAUAAGAUCGCCAAUGUGAACAACAACAUGUGCGAAAUUGUGCAGGGGAAACAGAGGGAAUACAGUUUUCCCAAGAGACAGGCGAUUGAUGUCAGAUUCGAUAAUAUCACCUUCCAGGCAACACAAUGGUCCUUCAGGAAAUUUCAGAAAGAAACCAAACAAAUUCUCCAUGGAGUAUCAGGAACAUUUAAGUCUGGAGAUCUUACUGUCAUCAUGGGACCAUCUGGAGCUGGAAAAUCUACGCUGCUCAAUAUUCUGGCAGGAUUUGUUGCCAGAGGCAGUUCUGGAGAAGUGCGUUACAACGACGUGAUCCGUACAAAUAGCCCACGAUUCAGAAAACUAUCUGCAUACAUCCCGCAGGACGAGGAGUUGAGGUUGGGUCUAACAGUUCAUGAAUCUAUGACAUUCGCAGCCAAUUUAAAAUUAGGAUAUAGUGUGACACAUGCCUAUAAAAGACAACAGGUCGUAGAAAUCCUCGAAAUUUUAGGACUCGACGGAUGUCACAACACGAUGACUUCACGCUUAUCUGGAGGCCAGAAGAAAAGAUUGGCUGUUGCCUUAGAGCUAUUGAGUAAUCCACCAAUUCUAUUUCUCGAUGAGCCCACAACAGGUUUAGACAGUGCAUCCUGCACCCAAACAGUAACUUUGCUGAAAAAUCUGGCCAGAGAUGGAAGGACCGUGGUUUGCACUAUACAUCAGCCUUCUGCUCUACUGUUCGAAUUAUUUGACCGACUUUAUUCUGUUGCUGAAGGAAACUGCAUCUAUAAUGGAAGCGUUCGAGACUUGGUUCCAUAUUUAUCGAAUAUGGGAUUGGUUUGUCCAGCUUAUCACAAUCCCGCAGAUUUCCUUAUGGAAGUUGCAGUUGGAGAGCACGGAACCGACGUUCAAACAUUAGCAAGAGCGGCUAAAGUUCAAGCUCUUCAAGAAUUGGAGGAAACAAAAGAGAAGAAAUUACUAGACGAAUCCGUUAAAUGGAGAAAAUCACUUAUGAGCUCUUAUUUAGAGGAUGUAUCACCUCUACCAGCUGCAGUUAUUAUGCAAUUUUUGUUACUGUACAAAAGGAAUCUACUGGAAAAUAAGAGAGGAUAUAUGUAUCUCUUCAAUAGGUUGUUAGCCCACAUCUUCAUCGGUUUAAUAUUCGGAUAUCUCUAUAGAGGAGUUGGAAGUAAGGCCAAUACCAUUUUGGGAAACUAUGUCUAUAUGUACGGUACACUUUUGCUUGUGGUUUAUACUGGUCAGAUGUCUGUGAUGCUAUCAUUUCCUCUGGAGAUGAAAGUGUUGACAAGGGAACAUUUCAACAGAUGGUACAAACUGAGUCCUUAUAUUUUAUCAGUGGUGCUGAUAGAUAUUCCAUUUCAGGUUUUAUGCUGUUGGUUAUAUCUGUCUAUAUCUUACUACUUGACCGAACAGCCAACCGACUUUAGGAUGUACCUUUUCGUAUUAUUCGCUACAUCUUCAACUUUAUGCGCCCAAGCGUGGGGAUACUUCUUUGGUGCUUCAAUUCCUAUGAAGAUUGCUGUCUUUAUUGGACCGGUCGUAGCGUGCCUUUUCUCCAUAUUCGGAUUCUGUAUCACGUAUAUCAAUACACCAGUCAUAUUCCGAUGGAUGUAUUACAUAAGCUACUACAGAGCAGGAUUUCAUGGAAUUGUAUAUUCAAUCUACGGAAUGCACAGAAAAUAUCUUCCUUGUCCAGAUGAAGAAGUAUACUGCCAUUAUUCCAACCCCAACACCUUCCUGCAGGAGAUGGACGUUGUGGACGUUGAUUUAGUGUCUAAUUUAUCUGUGAUUGUAGCUAUUUGGUGUAUAAUGCAUGCCGCCACCUAUCUCUCAUUAUGGCUUAAGCUAACUAAAAGAUAAGCUUGCUUCUUGUUCGAAAAAUGAGAGUUACCAAAGAGCUUUAAUUUGAAUCCAUACCGCGAAUUCACCACCUUUGUGAUAGUAACAUAAACCUUAAAUUAGAAUGAACUCAGGGUAAGACUAUGUGGGAUAAUGUUCGCAUAUUAUGUGGACUGAAAGUUCAGUAUUGUUUGCAUAUAUAUUUUGUAUUACUAUUCAACACCGAAAUUGGGGUGCUGUCAAGAUUUUUUGAACAUUAUGUUUGCGAAGAGUACCACCAGUGAGUUAUUGUUUUAUUUAUGAGUAGUUUCUAAUUUCUGUGAUUUUUGUAAAAGUUGAAUAUUUAUUGUCAACGCUUUAGAUACAUGAAGAAAGACAUAUUUGAGUUCAUAAACUAAAGUUGAGAAAGAGCAUAUUAUAGUCUUACAUUUCUAUUGAAGAACUACGUAUGAUUGAAAAAUUUCGUAAAUUACUUUUGGUUGAAUUUUUUGUUGGAAAAAGAAUUGUAGUUUUCAGAUGAGAUGGUUUCUAAUCGCUCUGAAACUUCGAUAGUGCCUGUUAAAUUGUUUAACCUAAUUUUGAUAUGUAUGUAGGAUGCUUACAUUAGUUUGCAUUGAUUCUGUAACUCAGUAAUAAAAAAAUGAUUGAGUAAA